CGGCGAGGUCGGUCAACAGAAACAGUCCUUGAGCCACUCAAAGAACAAAUCCGCACGGCCUGGGCGGAAAUCCCGAACUCGAUAGCAUCCCUCCUAAGUCUAAACAUCGCAGGUGAAUAUGAAAACGUCACCCGAGACCGUCUCACCUACAAUAUGCGCAUAGCAAGGCUCCCCCACUGGAUCACAGAAUUCAGUCGGUGUUUUGUGUCGGAACGAAUAACUCGACUUCUUUCUGAUCGCCAGAAAACCGCCGUAACUCAUACUGAGACGGGAAUCCCUUAGGGAUCUCUCCUCUCUACGAUUCUCUUCUCGUUUCUCGCUACGACGCUCCUCCGCCGAUUACACCAAGGGAAGACCACGGCUGGAGGAUUCGUCGACGAUACACACGUCAUGGCAGUCAGGCAGACAACAGAGGAUUCCUGCCACGUCCCGGAGGAGGCCCACGAGUGGGCGCAAACACACGGAGCUACCUUCGGCCCAGCUCAAUCUACUCUAGUCCACUUCACAAACCCUAAGCGAGCGAAGCUGCACGCGUCCCACUUGCUCUUACGUCCGUGCUUGAUAGAAGAUGGCCCUGGAUGAUGGUUAACUUCUGCCCUACAAUGGAUGGGCGAAAAGACCAUAUACAAAUGGAGAAGCUUUAGAGAGGAUCCGGCGUGUCACCGAAGAAUACGAGUGUCCGAUGUACGUCAAGAUCAGCGUGAUUAGAACGAGGUCAGCCUGCAGGUAUAGUAGCGAAGAAGGACUAUUUAAUAAUGUUCGCUUAACAUCUUCUAGAGAUGAAAGUGAUAGACUAGGCGAAUAAAGCCGAAGCGGUCGAGGAGAGAGCGAUGAGACCUAUAUAUACGAGAUACUAAGAACGCGUAUAUC